AUGCUAAGUCGAAUGACAUCAUUCAUGAUAAUGCGAUUCUGCAUUUGGUGCAAACACUUUCGCUUAUCUAUUGCGUCACGUCCGCGCCUUGUCAUGGGCUGUUGUAUAGACAGCCUUGAUGUGAACUAUAUCGCCCCAUGCAUGCUAGCUCUAAUGUGGCUAACAAAAAUGCCUGAGAACAGGAACCGACGAUGCAACCGGCUUUUUUCUUCACUCCCAGUCCUUGAGCAGUGUAGACUUCUCUUCGAAGCUUUGAGAAUGUCCUUAGAGGCUUGUUGCGUGCUUAAAUAUGCUUCGAAAUGCCCUCUUACAUGA